UUAGUGCUGGUCACACGCAUACACACACACUGUGUAUCCUCUCGUGUUCAAACACAAUCAUUCAUGCGAAGGCAUCCAAAACUCCACCAUCCAAACCCGUUUUCUCACUCUUUCCUCCACUUUCCCUCAGAUUCCUAGAAAAUAAACUUUUUAAUUUUAACCCGCAUUAGCUUCCUGUAGUGUAUUUAAGCUCAGCCACUCCCCCUUUCUUCAUCAGCUAUCCCAAACAGAGAGAGAUUCCAUAUUAAAAGAUGACGUCUUUUCUCUCUCUCACUGUUCUCACCGUCUUUUCUCUUGUUCUUCAUCUGGGCUUCUGCCACGUGUCCUCCGCUCCCGCCGGACAUGGCCGCGCUACCUACAUCGUUCACAUGGCGAGAUCCCAGAUGCCGGCGAGUUUCGACCGCCAUUCCCACUGGUACGACUCGUCUCUCAGAUCUGUCUCCGACUCGGCUGAGUUGCUCUACACUUACGACAACGCGAUUCACGGGUUCUCCACUCGGUUAACCCCCGAGGAGGCCGACUCGCUAGCGGGUCAACCCGGCGUCAUCUCGGUCCUUCCCGAGCUCCGGUACGAGCUCCACACGACCCGUACUCCGCUUUUCCUCGGCCUGGACCACGACGCGGAUAUGUUCCCGCAAGCUGAUUCGGCGAGUGACGUCGUCGUCGGAGUUCUCGACACCGGAAUAUGGCCGGAGAGCAAGAGCUUCGACGACACCGGGUUCGGUCCCGUGCCGAGUGGGUGGAAAGGCGCGUGCGAAACCGGCACGAACUUCAGCGCGUCGAACUGUAACCGGAAACUCAUCGGAGCGAGAUUCUUCGCCAGAGGUUACGAGGCGACGAUGGGUCCCAUCGAUGAAUCCAAGGAAUCUAGAUCUGCCAGAGACGACGAUGGCCACGGGACCCACACGUCGUCUACGACACUCGGCGGCUGCUUCAGCUCCGAUAUUCUAGCAGCCAUUGACAGAGCCAUCGACGACGACGUCAACAUUUUAUCCAUGUCACUCGGCGGUGGCAUGUCCGAUUAUUACAGAGACAGCGUGGCCAUCGGAGCUUUCGCCGCCAUGGAGAAGGGUAUCUUAGUCUCCUGCUCCGCAGGCAAUGCGGGUCCCAGCUCGUUCAGCUUGUCGAACGUUGCUCCAUGGAUCACCACCGUGGGCGCAGGCACACUGGAUCGGGAUUUCCCGGCGCAGGUCACUCUCGGCAACGGGAAGAACUACUCCGGCGUAUCCUUGUUCAAAGGAGAUGCUUUGCCGGCCAAAUUGCUCCCUUUUGUUUACGCCGGCAAUGCGAGUAACGCCACUAACGGCAAUUUGUGCAUGACCGGAACCCUAAUUCAGGAGAAAGUGAAGGGUAAGAUUGUGAUGUGCGACAGGGGAGUCAACGCGAGGGUUCAGAAGGGGCAAGUCGUGAAAGAAGCCGGAGGCAUCGGAAUGAUCCUCGCCAACACAGCGGCGAACGGAGAAGAGCUUGUGGCGGAUGCACAUCUGUUGCCGGCCACCGCCGUCGGCGAGAAAUCCGGCGACGAAAUCCGGCAAUACGUCUUAACCGACCCCAAUCCCAGAGCAACGAUCGCCUUCGAAGGAACCGUCGUCGGGAUCCAGCCGUCGCCGGUAGUGGCUGCUUUCAGUUCGAGGGGACCGAACUCCAUCACGCCGGAGAUUCUGAAACCCGACUUGAUUGCGCCUGGUGUCAACAUCCUUGCGGCAUGGACCGGAGCCGCUGGACCCACAGGUCUCGCCGGCGACGUCCGGCGCGUGGGCUUCAACAUCAUCUCCGGGACGUCGAUGUCGUGCCCUCACGUGAGCGGCUUGGCGGCGCUCCUGAAGGCGGCUCACCCCGACUGGAGCCCGGCGGCGAUACGCUCAGCCCUUAUGACCACCGCCUACAGCUCCUACAAAGACCAUAAGCCUAUACUCGACGUCGCCACGGGCAAGCCAUCGACGCCGUUCGACCAUGGAGCCGGACACGUGUCGCCCGUGAACGCCCUCAACCCAGGCCUACUCUACGAUCUGACGGCGGGGGAUUACCUAGGGUUUCUGUGCGCGUUGAAGUACACAGAAUCGCAGAUCAAGAGUGUGGCGAGGAACAACUUCACGUGCGAUCCAAGCAAGACGUACAGCGUCACCGAUCUGAACUACCCGUCGUUCGCGGUCAACAUCGUGAGUGGGACCCGCGCGUAUAAAUACACGCGCACUGUCACGAGCGUGGGUGGGGCCGGUACCUACCGAGUGCAUAUUUCUUCGGAGACGACGGCCGUCAAGAUUUCGGUUGAACCGGCGGUUUUGAGUUUCAGAGAAGUGAACGAGAAGAAAUCGUAUACGGUCAGUUUCACUGUAAGCUCGGCGGCGGCGGCAACGGCUAACAGCUUCGGGAGAAUCGAGUGGUCCGAUGGGAAACACGUGGUCAGCAGCCCGGUGGCAUUUAGCUGGACAUAGUGCGUAAAUAUGUUGAACUUUGAGGGUUAUAGUGACUGAGAGAUACACUGAUGAUGCCGUUUCUUGUAAACCAUGUUCAAGGGAAACGGCAUGCAGUCCGUUAGACCAUCCGUUUGGUUUUAGAAAUUCUCGCUGUUUCUCUUUCUAAAUAUAAUCCCUGCCCCUGGUAUAAAAGCUGGGCCUAGGUGUUUGUUUUAUGUUACUUGCGAAUAUCUAAUCCCAUGAAGGGGGGAAACGGUGAAAAUGAAAAAAAGGGUUAUCACCGUUAAUUUUA